AUGAAAAAAAGACAAACAUCUCGCCUGGUCAAAGAGCUUUCCCUGAUCUACCCUUUACCCGAUCUGCAGCACAUAAAAAGAGUGAGGGCUUGCAAAGACAAAAGCACUUCUCAUCCAUUGGAGGUCAUUGUGUGCUUGGCCAGGGAUGUGCAGGUGAUAGACUGCAAAGGAGUUACGCUUGCUGAUCUGCUUUGCUCACAGUCUUUUGACUCCAGUGGUUUGGGAGAACCUUUCCUUGUCAAAAUACCCGCCAAUCCUCCACUAACCAGACCGCAGUUUGAAAAAGCUAGUAAACACUGGCCUACGUCAUUUCACGAGGACAAACAAGUGACGUCUGCUCUGAGAGGCCAGUUAUUCACUACUGAUCAGAAAGCUAAAAUGCAAAAGUACAUGACGGCAGCUGUAGAGGCUGCAAAAUCAGGCGGGAAGAUGGGAAUGGAUGCGGUGGGCGCAGUGAUUGUUGACCCAGAAUCGGAGCAGAUUGUUGCAGUGGGUCAUGACUGUAAGCACGGCUCUCAUCCGCUCCAUCAUGCUGUCAUGAUCUGUAUUGAUCUUGUGGCCUGUGGGCAAGGAGGAGGCGCCUACAGUUACGAGAAAUAUCCAGCCUGUCGGUUUAGCAGCUCCGAGUGCUUUAGGAAUGCUUGCAAUGCCAAAGAAUCCGGUCUGCCUUACAUCUGCACCGGAUAUGAUCUUUACGUCACUCGAGAGCCGUGCGUGAUGUGUGCAAUGGCUUUGGUGCACUCAAGAAUCAACAGAGUGUUUUAUGGAGCACCCUCUGCAGAUGGUGCCUUGGGAACCAAGUAUAAAAUUCACUGCCAAAAAGAUUUAAAUCAUCACUUUGAAGUGUUUAAAGGUGUGAUGCUAAAUGCAUGUGAGGCUUUACACAAAAAGUGAAUAAUUAGAGGCAAUAUUACAUUGACAUUUAUGACAUUUUAAUUGUUUUUACAUUUCUAACUACAGCAAAUGUUUUUUUAA